GAGAAAAUAAAUAAGGAAAAUAAAGAAAAAAAAAACCACAAAAAGCUCGCUUUCUUUGCCGCCUCCGAUGGCGUCUCCUCAGCCUCCCCACGAGCCCACUUCUCCUCUCCCUGGAAGAAGAAACCCUAGCACAACGAACCCCAACUCCCAGUCCCCUCGACCUCCUCAUCCUCUUCCCCUCGCAGGCGAUCCCGCGCCGCCGAUGGCCGCAGGCCACCCGCGGGAGGCGACGCCGCCGCCGGUGAUCGGGAAGGCGGGGAGCCUCACGGUAUUCAUCACCCCGCCGCCGACGCCGAGGUCCAACGGCGCGAGCCCUAGGCCGAGCCCCGCCGUCAAGACGGCUCCUCCGCCUCCGCCGCCGCCGCCGCCGCCCGUGCAGGUGCCGCCGCCGCAGUUCGAGAAAGCGGCGACGUCGUCCGGAUCCGUGUUCGGGUUCUUCUGGGACGCUGUGGCAAAAGUGCAAGAUAGUAAGCUGUGUUCGGCUCUAGGUGCAUUCGAGCUUGGACGAGUACUUGGCGGAUUGGUUUGGAUUGGACCAGUCCAAGUAUCAGUGGGCGUUGAACGACUACUACGAAAACAAUGGGAAGGAAAAGGAAGUUAGCAAAGGUAAUAAACCCAGGGAACUUAAUAGCAAAGGACAAGUCGUCUAAUUAUGUCUAGCUGUGUGGUAUUUCCUUUUGAACGCCUCUUCAUUUAUAUCCUCCAUAUUUCUCCCUUAUUAUGGGCACUCAUUAUGCCGUUAUUGUGCAGCGAGAUUUUUCUUCCUUUGAGUGUGCAAAUUGUUCAACUUUAAUAGGUUGCAGACCUAUAUAAUUGAGGUGUCAUUUGGACUCUCGGUUGCAAUGAAGAUUAUUGCUGUUGUAACUGUGCAGUUAGAGUUACUACAUCUUUCAAGUCUCAAUGCCAAUGGCAGUGUAGCAGUUCAAUUUAGGGAGGUUAAUUGUAUCCCAAACAAUCGUAUUAAUAUGUUUUUUUUUUUUUUUUUUUUUUUUUUUUUUUUUUUUUUUUUUUUUUUUUUUUAUCGUCUCGUAGCAUUUUGUUUGUUUUCUGGAACUUGUAAGACGGGCAAAAUCUGAUGCAAAAGGUUAUCAUCGCCUAUGCGUUAUGCUAGGUGAUAAUUUAGCUGGGUUUGCUGUCUUUUCUUUUGCUAAACAUAUUUUUGUUAACGGAGCUUCAUAGCAGAAAGAAGUGCUAAUGCAAUUGGAAAGGGUUAUUCUU